AUGGCUCUGGGCUACUGUCCUACAGCCAUCGCUAGCUCAUCUCCAGUGCUGGGACCCCAUGGGACCACGGACCCGGGAGCCUCCAUGCCUUCCGUCCCGGCUCGGCCCUUUCCCGCCCCCACUCCCGCCCCGCCCCAGCGGCCACUCUGGGGGCAGCACCCGCCGCCCCGCCCGACCCCGCCAUUCCCUCCCGGUGGCCCCCUGGUGCUGCCAGCCCUCCCCAGCUCACCGUUGGCGGUAGGAGAGCCUGGCCUUGGCCCCAGUGGGACCGGGACCCACAAUGUCAUUGUCCAGGUCAGGUCGGAAUGGGGGUCCUCAGAGACACCCCAGACUCAGACCAUCGUCCUUACUCAGGCCCCCCUCAGCUGGAGUGCUCCAGGAGCCCUCUGUGGGGGUGCCGCAUGUCCCGCACCCCUCUUCGUGGCAGCCCCUGUGCUGGAGACCAGCAUGCCUGCCUCGGCCUUUGGGGGCCCCCAGGCUGGCAAGGGAGGCUUGGCCCCAGGCCUUCCAGCCCCAGCCCCGCCCCCGGCUGCCCAGCCGACCUCCACCGUGUCCCCAACGAACGCGGGGCCACAGCCUCACGGAGCUUCCAGGGAGGGCAGCCUGGCCAGGAGCCCGACCAAGGCCUCGCCCGAGGACUCCCGUAACCCCAAGAGUGUUUACGAGAACUUCAGGCGCUGGCAGCGCUUCAAGUCGCUGGCCCGGAGGCACCUCCCGCAGAGCCCCGAUGCAGAAGCUCUCUCCUGCUUCCUCAUCCCGGUGCUGCGGUCCCUGGCCCGCCUGAAGCCCACCAUGACGCUGGAGGAGGGAGUGUGGCGGGCCGUGCAGGAGUGGCAGCGCAGAAGCAACUUCGACCGCGCCAUCUACUACGAGAUGGCAGGGAAGUUCAUGGAGUUUGAGCUGGAGGAGGAGAUGCAGAUUCAGAAGUUGCAGUGGGUGAAGGUGGCCCAGGGCCUGCCUCCUCCAGCCCUGCCGAAGCCUGAGCCGCGGGCGCCCCCAGCCCCAGAAGCGGGCCCACAGCCAGCGUGCAUUCGCAGGAAGGCGGGGUCCAGGGCCCAGCCCUCCCGCCUGCGGCCGCACAGACCCCCACGGCCCCUGGAGAACAAGGCGCCCAAGGAGAUCCCCCCUGAGGCCGUGAGAGAGUACGUGGACAUCAUGGAGGGGCUGCUGGGGCCUGGCCACUCAGCCCCGGGGGGGCCGGCAGGUGAAUGGGGAGAGGACGGAAAGGAGCCACAGCCGGAUGAGGCCACGACCUACCCGGACCCGGGUCUCCUGAGCUACAUUGACAGGCUGUGUUCCCAGGAAGACUUCAUCACCAAGGUGGAGGCAGUCAUCCACCCCCGAUUCCUGGCAGAAUUGCUUUCCUCAGAACCACAGCUGGACCUCCUGGCCCUAGCGGAGAAAUUGGAGCAGGAGGAAGGACUCACCCUUGCAGAGCUGGUGAAGAAAAGACUGGUGGCCUUGAAGGCGGAGGAGGGUGUGCAGGCAGCCCCCCGUCACCGCGCAGCCCGGUCGGGCCCUGGUCCUGAGUGUGAGGCCGGUCCCGGACUGGGGCUGGGGGGUCAAAGGUGCCCCUCCGCUCGACCGGGCCCCAGGGACGCACCCGUUCUCAGAGAGGCCCCUCCUGCUCGGGACACUCGAGGGCCAGUGGACGGGUCCAGUGAGGACGAGGAGGAGCUCCCCAGCCUGGCCUUCCUCCUGGCCUCUCAGCACAGCCUGCUGCCCUGGGGGCUCUCCCUGAGUCCCGCUCCUGCCUCGGGCCUCCCCAGCCCUGGAGGUCGGGGGCUGUGGGGGGCUCCCCGGGCCCCUUCUCCUCAGAGGAUAGGCCUCAGCCCGGCCACCCCCCCAGCUACCAAGUCCAGGAAGCGGGCUCUGUGUGGGGGCCCAGCCCCUGCUGGGAAGACGCCCCUCACUGGGGCCAACCUCAGGGGCUCCGCGAGGCCGGCCUCGGCCAUGGGGCUGGUUCACCCCUCACAGCCUGCAAAGAGAAGGUGUGACUCCUUCGUCACGGGCAGGAGGAAGAAGCGGCACUGUAGCCAGUAG